AUGCUGCAGCUCGUGCUCCUCGCCGCGCUCGCCCUGUGCGGGCGCUGCUCCGAGCUGGAUCUCGAUGGCAUGCAGCGGGUGGUCGGCGGCACCGAGGCGCGCUCGCACUCCUGGCCCUCCCAGAUCUCCCUGCAGUAUUACUCCGGGGGAGGCUGGCACCACACCUGCGGGGGCUCCCUCAUCCACAGGAACUGGGUGAUGACCGCCGCCCACUGCGUCAACAAUAACCUUCAGUACCGUGUGGUGGCCGGCGAGCACAACCUCAACAGGAACGACGGCACCGAGCAGGUGUUCAGCGUCAGCAGGAUCAUCGUCCACCCCUACUACAACUCCAACAACGUGGCCGCAGGCUACGACAUCGCCCUGUUCCGCCUGAGCAGCUCCGCCACCCUGAACAGCGCCGUGCAGCUGGCCGUGCUGCCCCGGGAGGGCACCAUCCUGCCCAACAACUACCCCUGCUACAUCACGGGCUGGGGCCUGACCCGCACCAACGGGCAGCUGUCCAGCGUCCUGCUCCAGGCCCAGCUGCCCGUCGUGGACUACCAGAUCUGCUCCAGCGCGUCCUACUGGGGCUCCACCGUCAAGAACACCAUGGUGUGCGCCGGCGGCGACGGCGUGCGCUCCGGCUGCCAGGGCGAUUCCGGCGGUCCCCUGCACUGCGCCGUCAACGGGCAGUACCAGGUGCACGGCGUCACCAGCUUCGUGUCCAGCCAGGGCUGCAACGUCCUCCGCAAACCCACCGUGUUCACCCGCGUCUCCGCCUACAUCUCCUGGAUCAACAGCAGGCUGGGGCUGCCCCGAGAGCUCGGAGGCAGCUCCUGCUCCGCAGGGCUCUUCCCUGAGGAGCGAGGAAGAGGAGGAGGCGAGGAAGGGCCGGUGCGGGAGCUGGGGGAGGAGGAGGAUGGCGGUCCGGAGGAGGAAGGAUGGGCGGACGCGAGCAAAGGCAGCGCGGAGGCUCGGAGACGGGAGGAGAGAUUUUAUUGA